GCGGGCCCAGUGUUGACAAUUUAGCUACUCAAUCAGACCCGUCUAGCGACACAUUUUCAAAAAAGCGACUAGCGACAAAUCUAGCGACUUUUUUUGGUGUUAUUGGAGACUCUGACGUGAAAGCAUCUUUAGAAUACCCUCGUUGCACAUUCCACGCUCGAACGUUUCAUCCUGUUGGAAGACCAAAGUAUUAGUCAGAGUCGGAAGAGGUUGCCUGGGCUUGCUAGCACUUCAUGAACUCUUCAUUUGGUUGUGCUGCCUACGCUGAAAUGGAAAUGAUUUAUCGGAUGCAAGCGGCAGUCAGACGGCCUCGCAAAGGAUGGGUGCUCUGUCUGUUCCUGGCACUCCAUUUGGCUGUCUCCAAGGCGGAUAAUAAAGUUCUUGUUGUUGGUUCAACGGACCCUGUUCGUGGCAUAGUUGGCGGGGAUGUCAUCUUGCCUUGUUUCUUGAGACCUACCAGGAGUGCUGUUGAAGAGUCAGUAGAGUGGCAGAGACCAGUCCUGGAGCCAAAAGAGGUGCAUUUGUACCAAGACCGUGGUGAUGACAAUGUGCUCCAGAAUCCAUCCUACAGUGGAAGGACGUCACUGUUCAGUGAAGAACUGAAGAACGGCAACAUCUCACUAAAGCUGACCAAUGUGAAACUGUCUGAUGCUGGAAAUUACACCUGUUACAUACCGACGUUAGGCCACCAGAAAACCACCAUUGAACUCUAUGUCGGCGAGGACGGGACUCCUUCAUCCUCCCUCCAACCCACCCAACCGCCCCUGAAAGACCAAUCAGGGGAAGUCAGGGGUGCAGCCCCUCGGCCAUGGGUCUCCAUUGUGGAAACCAAAGACAAGGAAGUGGUCCUGAAGUGUGAGGCUGAAGGGUUAGUCUAUAAGCCUGAGUUGGUGUUGCUGAACAGUAAGGGAACCAUCCUCCCUGCUGAUGAACCUACAGAGAGACCCAUGGACUCAGAGGGCUUGUACACAGUGACACGCUAUUUCACUGUCCAGAAGACUGUCACCAACGUGUUCACCUGUCGAGUUCAACAGCUGGAGAUCAAACACAUGAGGGAGACACAGAUUCGUGUUCCAGACAAAAUGUUUCAGGAGGAAUACCCCUUGGAACGGAAAGUUGGAAUUGGAUUUCUAGGAGCUGUUGUAGGCAGUGUUGUAGGAGCUGUUGUAGUUUUUCUGUUCAUGCGGAGAAACGCGGAAGAAACCAAUGGCGGGGGUGCAGAUAACGGGAUUGCCCUCCUCGAGAACAGCAAUGUAAAUGGCCAUCCUAAUGGUGUGCAUGUGUCACAACCUGGAGAACGGGGACAGCCAACAUAGCCUUGAUUGUUUCCACCAGCCACCCUCUGCGAUGUAAUGAGAUAGACACUUAUCACCUGCAGUGAAGCCUCUCAACAUUUACCUUACAAGACAGUCGUGAAGAGGUAUGGUGUGGCAACUGCUUGGCAUCCGACCGCAAGGCUCUACAGAGGGUAGUGCGUACGGCCCAGUACACCACUGGGG